CCCCUUGCAACCACUAAAACUUCUGCACUGAAGUAGUAACAAUGCACACGUUUAUUGUUAUCGUUACCAACUAAUUGUAAACAAAUAUCGAAUUUCAUAAGCAGCACGUCUCUGUUUUUACUUUAUUAGAAGCCAAUGUCAUUUGAAAUCUUAACAGACGUCUCUCGGAUACGGAUGAGUGCUCACCGAUACCGGACUACUGGUCAACCAGAGGCGUGGGCUACUUCGGCUCAGCGGAGAGAGAUUUAAACUCCUUACUAAAACAUGAGGAGACUAUUUAUGGCUCCAUGCCACGCCUACUUUGGCAGCGGAGUGGAGCAACACGCUGACACACUGACACACUAUAGGUAUACGCGGGGGAUCUGCAGGAGCUCGGUGUGCGCGUGGAUGGAGUUGUCAUUCCUCAUUCAUUGCUGUAAUAUUCCACUUUAAACAGUUUUUGUCAUCAUGUUCGCCCUAAGAAAGUCUCUAUCGUGCACCCUGAGAACCUUUCACUUGAGAAACUUUAGCGUCAGCGCGGCCGCUCAGAGUACGGUGGCCCUGAAGGACCGCAGCUUUCUCACGCUCAAAGACUUCAGUCCGGACGAGAUCAAACACAUCCUCUGGGUCUCCGCGGACCUGAAGAAGAGGAUCAAGCAUGAUGGAGAGUUUGUUCCUCUCCUUCAAGGGAAAUCGAUCGCUAUGAUAUUUGAGAAGAGAAGUACAAGAACCCGCAUGUCUACUGAGACAGAGAUGUAA